AAUAUUUAAUAGAAUAAGUUUAUUCAUUUAUUUGUUAACAUUUAGAGCAUGAUCAAAUAACUUACACUUCGUUUAAUGGGAAAUGAACACUGAGAACUACCUAACUGUGGAUAUAUCUCAAAAUAACACUAAUAAUAAUAUAAGUGAACAAUUACUUUCAAGUAGUAGUUCUAUAGUGGAAACUAUAACAUUUCUGGGAUUUAUUGUAAUUAUAGCCAUCACUAUUGGUGGUAAUUUACUUGUACUUGUUGCAAUCUGUACAAAACAUAAAUUGCGAAGAAAUGUUACGAAUUGUUUCAUAGCAUCCCUAGCAGCAGCAGAUUUACUAUUGGGAGCUAUUGUUAUGCCAUUCGCUGUAAUUGAUCUAUUAAGAUCCAUCCAUAAAGACUGUCUUCCCAAAAAUCAGCAAGAUCAGUAUGUUUUAUGGCCAUUUGGUCAAAUCUGGUGUGAUAUGUGGCACGCAUUUGAUGUUCUUAGUUCAACAGCUUCAAUUUUAAAUUUAUGUGCAAUUUCAGUGGAACGUUAUAUUGCUAUUUCAGACCCAUUUAAUUAUCCUUUACGUGUAACACAUUCACGAUGUAUUAUUAUGAUUAUGCUUACUUGGGUAUGCUCUAUACUAAUUUCCUUUCCAGCCAUUGCCUGGUGGCGACAUUCAAGUAAUAUGUAUAAUGUUUCUGAUAUGCAUAGUGUACCAGAUUUAGAAUGUUUAUUUUCUUCUGACAGAGUUUAUUUAUUCAUUUCUUCGUGUAUUUCAUUUCAUAUACCCUUGAUAGUUAUGAUUUUUGUUUAUUGGAAAAUAUAUCAGAAAGCAAAUGGUCUCAUUAAGACAUUUAACACAGGUAAAAGAUUAAUUUAUCGAAAAUCACUAGGUGGUGAGGCGAUGAUAUUAAGAGUGCACAGAGGCGGUAUAACUAAAACACUGCCGUCAGUCUUGCAACAGGGUGUAUUGUCCCAUAAUCCUAAUACUUCUGCCAAAGUAUCAUACGUAUCUUCUCAUGAAAUCCUCAACAAUCAAUCGCCUAUAUUGUCGCCAACAGCAAAUGAUGAUAAUAAAAAUAAUCAUGAAAUAUUAGAGUGUAAUGUAGAAGAAAACAAAAAAAAUACAAAACAUGUUAAAUUUAAUCACUCUAGAAAAUCUCAAUCAUUUGAUGAAAAAAACACUCACUGCACAUUAUUCUCUGGUUGCUACAGAACUGUAUUCAAUCGAUUUAAUGUAAACGAUUCAUUAAUACAAAAGGAUGACAAUAUAACAGCAACAUCUGGGACGCAGAAUGCAGAAGAAAGUUUGCUAUCAUCAAGAAGCUAUCUAAGUGAAAUCAAAAAACGAGUACAUCGAUUCACUAAAGAACGGAAAGCAGCUAAAACUCUUGGAAUUGUGAUGGGUGUAUUUGUGUUAUGCUGGUUACCAUUUUUUGUUUAUAACACAAUAAAAGCUGUUUACCCAUCAGUUUUAAAAACUCAAGAGAAUAUAAUUUUUCCACUUGUCACAUGGCUUGGUUAUUUGAAUUCAGGUGUCAAUCCGUUUAUCUAUGCAUAUUCUUUACGGGAUAUUCGUAAGGCAUUUCUUGAUAUUCUGUGCACACCAUGUAAAACACAUUCUAAUUGGUGUCGCACAAGGCUAAAUCAAACUAGAGAUACUUAUGUGUCACAAUAUACCGAUGAACCAACAGAUGCUUUAAAAUCUAUUAAUUGUCAGUCUACAAUGUCGCUUGCUAAUGGUUCAUCAUUAUACACAGACCACAAAUAUUCCAUGGAAUCGACAUCUUCACCGUAGCAAAAGAAUUUCUCUUUUGAAAUGUAUUCAGAUGAAAAUAAUCUACAAAAUGAAUUUUAUCAUGACAGUAAACACGAUAAUACAGAAAUUUACAGAAUUUGUGGAAUUUACUAUGAAAUCUGACAGUCUACCUUUGAGUUCAUCAGGAAAAGGAAAUUUUAUUUAAAACAUUUCAGAACCCAAAUGAUAUUAUGUCACAUUUUCAAACAAACUACUGAUGCUUUCUAAGUCUAUUGACAAUAUUCUGAAUUCACAUCCUGUCACUGCACUUUUUUCUUGGUGUUAACUACAAAUUUAAAAUGUGUUUCUUUUUUAACAUAAUUUCAAAUGUUCCUUUUCACUCUUAUAAAUAUUGAAAUUAUCAUACCAAUGAUAAUGUAAAUCUAGUAUGAUUCAUUUCAACCUGUCUAUUAUAAAUGAAAAAUGUCGUCUAUUAGUUGAUGUCCAAAAAUGUUAUGCAGUAAGCAAUUAGAAAAUGUAAAUCAGAAAUAAUAAAUGAAACAAAAACGUGUUGCACAUAUAUUUUAAAUUAUAUUCCCCCCCUCCGUCAACAAGAUUUACAAAACAUUUUUGCACAAAAUGUUAAACUAUCGCACAAUCACUGUCUGGUCUUAAUACGUUAUAAUCAGUAUUUUCAAAAUAUCAGUAACCCUACACGGUAUUGAUCUAAUGUUAUUAAUUCAAUGAAUAUUUAUUGUUGUUAAAAGUUGUAUAUUACUUGAAAAAAAAAAGACCAAUGUACACCUUGUGACUAUUUUCAUGUAGUCCAUGGAUAUUUUUUAUACGGACGUCAUAUUGAAAUGUAAGAAAUAUUAUAAAAUUUAAUUUUAAGGAUUAUUAUUACUAUUAUUUCAUUUCAAUACGAACAAGUAAAAACGAUUACAAUAAAAUAAAGCAAUAAACUAAAAAGAAAUUAAACUGUAAUCUGACAACAACUGUUUUACAAAGAAUGACUGAAGUGAACAAUCUUUUGUUAUUUUCUAUUUCUAUUCCAUGUAAAUGGGUAUUCAUCUACCACUGUGGUCUCUCUAACUAAAAUAUAAUGAAUUUACUAUUUUAACAUAGAUAAAGCUAUAAUAUAUGUGUUAAAAUCAUAUUGUAUUUAAUUUUAUGGCAAUCUGAUAAUUACAGUUUUUAUAACCAACAUUUGUAGCCAAAUGUUUAGAAAGAAACAAAUUG